AUGGCGUCUCAACAAGAACGAGAGGAACUUGACAAUAAGGCAAGGCAAGGAGGGACCGUUGUUCCCGGAGGAACUGGUGGCAAGAGUCUCGAAGCUCAAGAGAACCUUGCUGACGGGAGAGAAGGGUAUCAGGAGCUUGGAAGCAAAGGAGGACAAACAAGGAAGGAUCAGAUGGGGAGUGAAGGGUAUCAAGAAAUGGGUCGAAAAGGUGGACUCAGCAGCACGGACAAGUCAGGGGGUGACCGAGCUGCCGAGGAAGGAAUCGACAUCGACGAAUCCAAGUUCAGGACUAGGAAUCCAUAAGACUGUAC